GAUGUGACCCCGGGUCUCUGAUCAACACGCGUGUGGCAACAAGCUGCACACUUUCUAACACACCAAAACACACCGACACGUUCUCACACUCACAUCGACCCGAGGAGGGCUGACGAACCCCCGCAGAGAGCCGGACACCUCCCGCCGCCAUGGCUCCGCCUCGGUCCAAGAAGCGUCGCCCGACGUUCCGCCGUCUGUUGAAGACGAGCGACGUGAAGCUGGAGAACAAACUGAAGAACCGUCAGUCCAAGCAGCAGAACGUCGCCAAGAAGCAGCGGAAAGAGCACAAGAAGCUGCGAGCGGCGGUGAAGGAUGCCGUCAUCCGGACGCCCCGCCCACUGGAGACGUACAAGAAGAGACCCGAGGAGGAGGAGGAGGAGGAGUUUCUGGAGUCGCUGCCCACAGACAUGAUGGAGGAGGAGGACCUGCAGCAGAUGACCGCCAUGGCUCGCCAAGCGUCCUUCGUCACAAGAGACCUGUCGUCAUGCGCGCCGGUUCACAGCGGGAAAAGGCGGAACUCCGAGGUGGUUCGCAGCUACGAGAAGGUUCCCAGGAAGUUGGCGAGGACGGAGGAGAAGGAAGUGAUUCACCUGCUGCCGAUCAAAGACAAGACGGGAGUGAUUCCUCAGAGCUUUGAGAGAGCCGUUAAAAAGAAGCCAGAGGAGGACGAGGAGGAAGAAGAAGCCGAGGAGCCGCAGGAGGAAGAACACGAGGAGGAGCCGGAGAGCUUGUUGGCGCUGACAGCGGAGGAGAGGGAGCAGCUCCGAGUCGAGAAGAUGAACGAGAGGAAGCUGAUGAUCGCCCGUCUGGGAUCAGCCGUCAUAUCAGAACCGCACAGUAACAUAAAGUGUCUGAAGGAGCUGCGGGGGAUGCUGAUGGAGGCGGACCCCUGUGUGGCGGUGACGGUCAGGAAGCUGGUCAUGGUGUCUCUGAUGGAGAUCUUUAAGGACAUCACCCCCACCUUCAAGAUCCGCCCCCUGACCGCCGCAGAGAAGGCCACCAAGGUGAAGAAGGAGACUCAGCAGAUCAGAGAGUUUGAAGAAGGUUUGGUCAGUCAGUUCAAGUUCUACCUGGAGGACCUGGAGCAGACCAUCAAAGACUGGAAACAGACGAAGAAGAAGCGCAGUCAGGCCGUGGGGUUCCAGUCAUACCUCGGCCUCGCUCAGGUCGCCAUCCGUUGCCUGUGUGAGUUGAUGCUCGCCCUGCCGCACUUCAACUUCCACAACAACAUCAUCGUCGUCCUCGUCCCGCUGAUGAACGAUCAGGACAAACAGGUGGCAGGUAUGUGCUGUGAUGCGUUCAGGAAGCUCUUCCAUCAGGACAAAGAGGGCGGGGCUGCGUUGGCCACGGUGCGCGUCAUCUCCGGCCUCGUUAAGAGUCUGAACUACAACGUCAGGCCCGAGGUGCUGAACACGCUGCUCAGUCUGAGGAUAAAGGAAGUGGAGAUGAAGAAGGACAUGGAGUCCACGGCGCCAAAGAAGAAGUUCAUGAACAACAAAGAAAGGAAGAAGAAUCUGUCGAGGAUGCAGAGGAAGUGGAAGAAGGCCGAGGAGAAGUUGGAGAAAGAGCUGCUGGAAGCCGAGGCGUCCGAGAGCAAAGAGAAGAAAAUCAAACUGCACACAGAGACUCUGAACAUCGUCUUCCUCAUCUACUUCAGGAUCUUAAAAAAAGCUCAGAAGUCUGUUUUACUUCCUGCUGUGCUGGAGGGCCUGGCCAAUUUUGCUCACCUGAUCAACCUGGAGUUCUUUGACGACCUUCUCAACGUGCUGCAGAAUCAUAUCCAAUCAGGAGAUCUGACCAAUCGGGAGAGUCUUCACUGCAUCCAGACUGUCUUCACCAUCCUGUCGGGACAAGGCGAUGUCCUGAACAUCGACCCGCUCAACUUUUACUCUCAGCUCUACAAAAUGUUGCCACGGUUACACGCAGGUGGAACGAAUGAUGACAUCAUCAUCGUGCUGCGGUGCCUGGACGCCAUGCUGACCCGCCGCAAGAAGAAGGUGACCCUGCAGAGAGCGAUGGCGUUCGUCAAACGACUGAGCAUGCUCAGUCUGCAAGUAGAGCCCAACGCCAGCGUGGGAAUCCUCGCCGCCAGCAGAGCCACCAUGCACGCCUUCCCUAAGUGUGACUUCCUGUUGGAUAACGAGGUUCAGGGCAGCGGCUUCUACCUGCCAGAGCUCGACGAACCUGAACACUGCAACGCUCAAAACUCAGCGCUGUGGGAGCUACACACACUGCAGAGACAUUACCACCCGGUGGUGCGUCGCUUUGCAGCUCACCUGUGUCAGGGAGCGCCCAGCGAGGGAUCAGCAGCACUCAGUGCAGAUCUGAGCCGCAGGUCUCCGGUGGAGCUGUUUAACAUUUUCAGUGUCAAAGACAUGACCUUUAACCCCCCUGUAGCUCCGCCCGGCUCCAAGAAGAAGGAUCGCUUCGUGAGCGGAGCGGCGCUGCUGGACGCCGGGCUGCAGAGACAAGUCCAGAGCGUCCUGAACACCACCGAGGAGACAGAGCUGGACUUUAACACAACAAACACACACAGCGAACACUGACACACACACAAACACACAUAGAAAGAAAAUAAAAGUAUUUUUUACCAUUAAGGAUUGAAUCUCUGUGUUGGGAUGUCUGGAGGAUCUCAGCUUUAAUGAUCACAAAGUGUUUUUAUGUUUUUCAUUUUUUAGCAGUGUCAGGAGGUAAAAAUCCUCGCUUGGUUUUAUUUCUGGAUUUAUAAUUUUUUAAUGUAUUUGUUUCUUUUGCAUGCACACAUGACUGUACAUAUUGCAAAGACAACAACAAUAAAAAAAACUAAACGGGCAAA